UAUUCGGAUCGUAGCCGGCGAACUUUUAGUCUUCCGCAGGAUGUCCUACAAGGAGAACGUAAACCCCUUCUACAAGUUUGCAACUCCAUCCAGUGCCUCGGGGGCACAGAGGGUGCUGAGGAAAGAGCUGUGCCAAUCAGCCACCAGCUCCGCUGCAGGAGGAGUGAUGGCCGGCAGGGUGCCGGUGGCCGAGAAUCAGCCUGAGAGCCAGCCUGACAAAUCCAUGGAGGGCCAAAAAAAGUUCAGUAUGGACGACUUCCAGAUUGGCCGUCCUCUAGGUAAGGGCAAGUUUGGGAACGUCUACCUGGCCCGCCACAAGGAGACCAAGUACAUCCUGGCCCUGAAGGUUCUCUUCAAAUCCCAACUGGAGAAAGAAGGGGUGGAGCAUCAGCUGAGGAGGGAGAUCGAGAUCCAGUCUCAUCUGAAGCAUCCAAAUAUCCUCCGCAUGCUGAAUUAUUUCCAUGACCGCAAACGUAUCUACCUGAUGCUAGAGUUUGCUUCGCGGGGGGAGAUGUACAAGGAGCUGCAAAAAUGUGGCCGGUUUGAUGAGCAGAGAAGCGCCACGUUUAUAGAGGAACUUGCGGAUGCGCUCCAAUACUGCCAUGAGAGGAAGGUUAUCCACAGGGACAUCAAACCGGAGAAUCUUCUAAUGGGAUAUAAGGGGGAGCUGAAGAUUGCGGACUUUGGCUGGUCGGUUCAUGCCCCCUCGCUCAGGCGACGCACUAUGUGUGGCACACUGGACUAUCUGCCUCCAGAGAUGAUUGAGGGCAAGACCCACGACGAGAAGGUGGAUUUGUGGUGCACAGGCGUUCUCUGCUUUGAGCUCCUGGUCGGGUCGCCGCCUUUUGAGAGCCCGUCACACACAGAGACCCACCGCAGGAUAGUCAAGGUUGACCUGCGUUUUCCUUCCUUCCUAUCCGAAGGAUCCAAAGACCUCAUCGCCAAGCUCUUGAAAUACAACCCAGCACAGCGCCUGCCACUGAAAUGCGUCAUGGAGCAUCCAUGGGUGCGCGCCAACUCUCGCCGUAUCAUGCCGCCAAGCUUUGGUUACGGCCCGGCUAAAUAGCCCUUGCCAGGGUGAUAUGUACUGUACUCG